CCAAAUACAACAACAUUUCCAAAGGUGUACCAUCUUGCUAGUAUAUAAAGGAUGUCCCACCUAAAUUACAGCUUCUAUAAACAUCCCCACAAAGUCGAUUAUACUCACAUCUCCCCAGCUUCUUAAAACUCUCCUCUUUCUUCGCCUUUGGUCGAGAAUAUAUAUUUGUCAGAAUCAGAAAGCAAAAAGAACGAAGCUAAUGACAACUAGAACAGCAGGUAUUCCUUUCUUGAUUCUUGGUCAGCUGCUUCUGCUUCUGCUACAACCAUGUUACAGAAAAUUGGCUUACGCUGCCGGAGGCAAUUGGGACUUAUUGAUAUCCAACAUUGGCAUUUCAGCCAUGCACAUGCAACUCCUCAACAAUGAUAGAGUAAUCAUAUAUGAUCGUACUGACUUUGGCGCGUCCAAUAUCUCAUUGCCCGAUGGCAAAUGCCGCAACAAUUCUAAUGACCUCGCCUUGAAACUCGACUGCACUGCACAUUCUGUCGAGUACGAUGUUUCCACAAACUCUGUACGACCCCUCAUGGUCCAGACCGACGUGUGGUGCUCCUCUGGCUCUGCCACCUCCGACGGUUCUUUGGUUCAAACUGGUGGUUUCAACGACGGCGAAAAUGUUGUAAGAGUUUUUAGACCAUGUAAUGGCAAUGGCAGCACUUGUGACUGGAAAGAAAUAGGAGGUGGCCUAAUUCAAAGUCGUUGGUACGCCACUAAUCAUAUUCUUCCUGAUGGAAGGCAAAUAAUUAUUGGCGGUCGUGAGGCUUUUAACUACGAGUUCUAUCCCAAGACUGCUUCAACUAACAAUGUAUUUAGCCUACCCUUUCUUCAGCAGACUAAUGAUCCUAGAGAGGAAAACAAUCUCUACCCAUUUGUUUUUCUCAAUGUGGAUGGAAAUCUCUUCAUUUUCGCCAACGACCGAGCUAUAUUGUUCAAUUACAUGGCAAACACGGUGGUGAAAACGUACCCACAAAUUCCUGGUGGUGACCCGAGAAAUUAUCCAAGUACAGGGUCUGCAAUUCUUCUUCCGUUAAAGAACUUACAAGCACAAACAAUUCAAGCUGAGGUUUUGGUCUGUGGUGGAACAACAAAAGGCUCAUACCUCAACGCAAGCAGUGGUAACUUUUUAGGUGCAUUAAAUACUUGCGGUCGGAUUACAAUUACCGACCCGAAUCCACAGUGGAUCAUGGAAACCAUGCCACUUGUUCGAACAAUGGGUGACAUGGUAAUUUUACCAAAUGGAAACGUCUUGAUCAUCAAUGGAGCAGCGGCGGGCACUGCUGGUUGGGAACUUGGUAGGAGCCCCGUUUUGAGUCCGGUUAUUUACCGACCCGAUAACCCAUCUCAUUCAAGAUUUGAGGUACAAAACUCAAAUAGUAUACCAAGAAUGUACCACUCAACAUCCAUUUUACUUCGUGACGGUCGAGUUCUUGUUGGUGGUAGUAAUCCUCAUGCGCUUUAUAACUUUACAGGAGUUCUUUACCCGACAGAGUUAAGCUUGGAAACAUUUUCACCAUCAUAUUUGGAUCCAGAAUUCGCAAAUUCGCGCCCACAGAUUAUUUCACCCACUUCCCAACGUAAAGUCAAGUACGGAGGACGGGUCAAUAUUCGAUUUACCAUACCCGGAUCGGUAAAAAGAGAUUUGGUCAAGGUAACAAUGGUUUCACCAGGAUUUAACACACAUUCAUUUACUAUGAACCAAAGAAUGCUUGUGCUUUUUAGUGGAAACGUGACACGAGUGGGAAAAUCAGCUUACAAAAUCAAUUCGGUCUUUCCAAAUUCAAGUAAUUUGGCUCCAGCAGGUUAUUAUCUUCUUUUUGUGGUACAUCAAGGCAUACCAAGCGAAGGAAUAUGGGUCAGGAUUCGGUAAUUAACUAGCUAGGUUGGACUGUUGCACGCACUACUAAAAAAAUCAGGUUUUAGCGAGGGACAAAUUAUGUAGCUAAACCGA